CAAGUUAAAGGACAAUUCCGGUAUUUUGAACAUUGAGCCCCCUUUCUGGUUUGUUUAUGAUGAAAUAGAGUGGGUGACACCGAAAUUUUAACUAUUAGUCCUUUCUCGGGUAUUUGGCUCAUUUUGAAUCGCUCCUGCCUGCUUCACAAUGGUUGUCUGUGUGCAUACACAAACCUGUCAUCCCAGCAACCCUAAACGUUCGUUUUCGAAAAUGUGCAAGUAACCGAGUGGUUAGUGGCAUUUGUGAAGUUUAAAAAAAAAAUAUCGGCGCAAUAUAUGGUUUAUAUCCGUGUUAGUUGCUAAUUGGAACUAUUUUUUCAGAUACCUCACAACCGCAUAUAAACUUCCGCUCGCUGUGUAACCAGCUGUGUAACCAUGGUUACACAGCUGGUUACACAGUUCGACCACCUGUUGACGACAAUAUUCCAGAGGAAGAAGAAGCAUAAUAAUAAUAUAUAUAGGUCUAUAUGUAUAUAUAUAUAUAUAUAUAACUAAUAUAAUAUAUAAUAAUAAUAAGAAGAAGACGUUCAACUUCAUUUUCUGUCGAGUUCAAAACCAAGGCAUCAGCUGUGGUUACCGUGCAGUCGAUUAUGGGAAGAAUUUGUGCGGUCAGAAACUGCGGGAAGAUCUCUAGAAAAAGGAGUUGUCAUCGGCUUCCUCUCAACACACCUAAAAGUCAUAGAGUCAGAAAGUUGUGGCUUUCAUUCCUCGGGUUCGACAUAAACACCCCAGUAAAUGUACUUCGGGAAGCCGACCAUCGCGUUUGCGCCUUUCACUUUCGGCCUGAGGACUACCUGAAAUCAACAAGUCAUCGAAAGAAGUGUCCGAAGAGACUGCAUCUGAAAAGGGCAGCUGUACCGACGCUUUGUGGACCAACGCUAGACGAAAAAGACCUCGGGGCUGUUGGCGGUGUGGUGGACCAGCCUUCUACCUCCAGCAUAUCCUUGGUCCUCACCAGUCCACAGCCACGGCCUCACCAAUCCAAUAAAUCCCCAAGGAAGUCCUUAUCUGGCAGUUACCUUGCUUUCCCUGUGAUCAGGGAGAGGCUCUCACUAUCUCCAGAUGAUUGUGAAACUGAGAUGCUUCAAAUGGACACAAGCAUUUCCUCAGUCAUUGAGGAUGACCCAAAAGACAUGAGCUUCAGCCUCAGUCAACAGUCAAGUUCAAGUGAAACCUCCAGUUCAAGUGCCUCAGAAGAGCAAGGGGAGUGGGAUGAAAGAAAAUGGAUUGUGAACGAGUCUAGCAUCAUGCAACUGUUUAGAACAUGCCAUAUAUGUGCCGCACAAAUCACUGAUAAAAAAGUGACAACUACAGGCAGCCAACUAAAGAUUGAAUGGACAUGUUUGAAUAAUCAUCAUGGCAAGUGGGCAUCAUGUCCUGAUGCAAGAGGAAUGGCACAGAAUAACUUGCUUGUUUCUGCUGCUACGCUUUUCUCUGGAACAACUUUCACUGAAGUACACGAGUGGGCCAGCAUCCUAAACUUGCAACUCUUGAAGAAAUCGCAGUACUACUCCAUCCAAUCCGACUACCUUAUUCCAGUAGUACACUUUGCAUACAAGGAUCAUCAUGAGAAUCUCAUUAGGCGACUUAUUAGACAAAAGGCUGAAGGCGAGUCCAUAGAGCUGUGUGGAGAUGCCAGGUCUGACUCACCAGGCUACAGCUGCAAGUAUUCCACCUAUUCGUUUCAGCUUCUAUCCAGUAAUGAGAUCAUUCACUUUCAACUACUACAGGUAACGGAAGCUAGCAGUUCAGUUGCCAUGGAGUCCCAAGGCUGUAGGAGGGGCCUCAACCAUCUCAUUUUCAAUGAAGGAGUAGAUAUAGACCUCAUCACUACAGACCGGGCCACAUCAGUUCGGAAAAUAAUGAGGGAGGAAUUCCAGAAUGUUCACCAUGAAUUUGAUCCUUGGCAUGUAUCAAAAGGCAUAAAGAAAAAACUGGUAGCACUCGCCAACAAAAAGGAAAAUCAGGUCCUGCAGGGCUGGAUUCGGGCGAUCCUCAAUCACUUUUGGUUCUCAUGCUCAUCUUGUGGUGAGAGUGCUGAGGAACUGAAGCGACGGUGGACCUCAGUCCUCCACCACAUCUGUGGGGAGCACACAUGGGAGCAAGAUGGAAGAAAGUGGGCAUGCCCUCACCCUGCUCUCAACCCAGAUCAGCAAAGGACAAAGCGAUGGCUCCAGCCAGAGUCUCAAGUGUUCAAGUCUUUACGGAAUAUUGUUGAAGAUAAAAGACUUCUGAAAGACCUUGAGCAGAUGACUCGCUUCAAACAUACAGGAUCUUUGGAAGUGUACCACAACGUUAUGCUAAAAUAUCUGCCGAAACGACUGCAUUUUCGGUACGACACCAUGGUAGCCCGAACACAACUAGCCAUCCUGGACAACAAUUACAAUGUCGGCCGACAGCAGACAGAGACUUCAGAAGGACUUCCAAGAUACAGUAUGGUGUUCCCAAAACAGAGCAAGGAAUGGGUAGCCAAGAAGAUCUAUGAGCCUACUAGUCAGUACUUCACACAACACCUUGUGAAACUCGUGUUGGAGAGAAGGGAGGAAAGAACACCGGAAGACAUUCCACAUGUCCAGCGGCCUGCAAACAUUGCCACUAAGGAGAGACCCCCCAAGGAAGAUUUAAUCAGGAAACAUCAAUCCAGAUUCCCUCGCCACACUGAUGUUUGAAAAACCAAGGAUCCAGAUUGUAAAUUUGUUUAUAUGUCAGAAUCAGAAUCACUUUUAUUACCCCUUAUUGUACAGUAGGCUACACAAGAGCAAAAGUAUUAGGCUUGGUUCCUCAGCAUAAAGAGUGAAGUGUAGGGUGUUCAAGUGGUAGUGUUGUAAAUGUGUUUGUAAAUACAGUCGGCCUAUGUCUACCUUUACCCAUUAGGAAAACAUGUUUAGGCCUACAGACACUAGUGCACUUUCUAAAUAAAACUGCAACGAUUUUUGAACAAAAGUUUUUUUAUUGAGAAGAAAUUAAAAAGUAAACGCAAUGCAGUUAGGUAGGAACAGAAGGUAGGAACAGAAGGGUAAGAUAUACAUUGGAAUAAGAAUAAAAAUAAUGAAUUCAGAAUAAUUCCUCUAUCUCACUGGGUUUAAACCCAGCAUACUGUCCAGUGGGGGAUGGGAACGCAUUCCUAACAGCCCACACCACGCAACUGGGUAAUGCAAGGCGAUUUCCUCGUCCCAGUGGUUGACCUUUGAGGGCCCACUCCAGAAUGACUCGAUAAGCCACAAGUCGGUAUUGACUGAGGGUAACAAAACAUGGAUAGAGCAAAGACUGGGUCAGUAACUACUAGUAAUGAGACGGUGGCACCGUUUUCAAAAACAUUAUAGUCGAGAUACAUGCGAAUUAUACAAAUUGGCAUC